CCAUCUAUAAUAGGCAUAACCCGAGAGGCUUUUUGCAGAGUUCUUUGUGAGCCUCAGAGCAGAGAAGUCAUUGUUGUUUGGAGUUUCCUUAUGAGAACCUGUUCUGUGGUUACGCCUUCAUUUUUAAUUCCAGCACAACAGCUUAUAAUUAUUAGGAAGCACAUUCUGCAAGGAACUGAGUUAUCUGUUAAAAAGAUUUUUAUUUUUUUUUGGGUGACGGUACCAGAUGAUCAGAAGUUUUUCAGCCACGUUAUAAUUCUUCAAGAAAGACUUGACAAACUGACUGCAUAGUGAAGUAGUAUGGGAAUAGUAUGACAGCACAAGAAAUUUGUUCAAGACAAUGUUCUACCAUUAGUAUUGUUCAAAUAACUAAGAAGAAAAUUGUAGAUUUUAAAGAAGAGUUUUCGAUCAAGAAAAUACUCACUUGGACUGUACCCUGUUUCAUUGGUUUUGGAUCCUGGUUUCAUCAACCAGGGUUUCUUGCUGGAACGAAAUUCUUCAGAAUUCUUUUCAACUUCCAUUGAUUUUCUUGCCUUACAUUGGAAAAGAAGGUGUCAUUGUUGAAACACAGAUGCCAAGAAACUUUUGCAGAUCAAAAAUAUGAUGGUUUCCAAGAUGGGCUGUUCUUCUGGAAGAAAAGGAACAGUUGUUGCUUUGAUCAGUGCUGUGGUAGUGAUUUCUGGCUGCAUCGUUCUCUUAGUGUGGCUCGCAGUCAGAAAACAAUUUCUAGAAGACAAGGUGCCAAGGCCCUCCUUUUAUUCAGGAGGAGACGUAUUAGAUUAUUUGCUUAAUCUGAAGAGAAUAGACAGAAAAGAUGGAUUGCUGGUCACCUGGUAUCAUGCUGCAAAUAGUAAGAAUGACAUGGAAGAGGCCUUAAAAGCUGAUGUCAUGGCGCUAGAAUCUGAUGUCACCCUUGAAGGAUACAAUACACCCAAUGAGACAGAGAAACCAAUUAUGGCUCACCCCCCUGUCAUCUACAGUGACAAUACACUUCAGGAAUGGCUGACGACAGUGCUCAGGUUAUCUGAUAAAGUGAUCAAGCUGGAUUUCAAAAACAUCAAGACAGUGGGCCCAUCUCUGGAUAUCUUACUAAAAACAUCUUCUGAGUUGAAUAUUGACCGACCUGUUUGGCUAAAUGCAGAUAUUUUGAAAGGCCCAAAUGUUCCUAUUGAUAUUGCAGUUAAUGCAAGCCAAUUCCUGACUCUCAUUCAGGAGAAGUUUCCAAACUGCACUCUUUCUCCGGGAUGGACAACCCUCUAUUUAUCUCACUUUCCAAACAAAACCUACACGCAGAGUAUGGUAGAGGAAAUGCAUUCCCUUGUGGGAAACCUGCCUCAGCAAAUCACCUUCCCUGUAAGAGCUGUCAUGGUAAAACCAGGCUGGACUCAUCUGAAUUGGCUUCUGAGUCAAUCCAAAAGAUACAGUCUGACUUUGUGGCAAGGGAAGAAUGAUCCGGUUACUGUGGAAGAUCUCCUGUUUAUUCGAAACAACAGCAAACCUGAACAAAUCUAUUACGACCUUUAUGAACCUAUUUUGUCUCAAUUCAAAAAAUUGGCACUCUCUCAAUCAGAGUCAAGUGCAAAAAGAGGAUGGAGAAACUAAGUGAAAAAUUUUGGGAAGAAGAAUGGAGCCAGUUAAUGUUCUGCCAAUUUACAAUACAGAGAAUGUUUGACAAUUUAAAAUGGACUUUUUGGAUUUUGGAAGAUACUGGAAGACAAUUUUAUUACAUGGAUUCAAUUGAUAUAUACUUCACAAAUGGUACAAAUAAAUAUGAAGGGGGAUUGAUCAAGCCUUGUCAAAUACAAAAAGGAUUGAGGCAGAAAAGCUCGCUUUAUUAUUCAUUCUGGGUCUUGAUGUUUCAAAUAGAGCCAAAAGACAAGAUGACAGAAUUAUUAGAGUGAAAGUUUUUAAAAAAGAAGUUUAUAAAUUAAGGGAAGUUUUGAUGAUUUGACUUUAAUUUUGGGGAACCACCUAAAAGGGACAGAUGUAUUAAUGAAAAAAUCUUGGAAUUUGGUGCAUUGACUGGAUUUAAAAUUGAGGAAAAAAAUAAAGUUGUUGACAAAGAACAUAAAGAUGGAAGAGCAAAAAGAAUUAACUAUAAAAACUAGAUUUCGGAUUGGAGAAAAAGGGAAAUAUUUUGGUAUUACUAUUACUACAUGACUUGUAAGUUAUUUCAAAAUAAAAUAUGGAAUGAAAUUAAA